GUGAUGCUUUUGACCAGGACAGGAGCACUGGACAGACGUGUCCCGCACCUCCACUCACGCAACUCCAGACAAAGUGGAGUCUGGCCCUCACCUCCUUGGUCUCAGUCCUGACACGGAAAGGUUGAGAAUUUUGUUGUUGUUUUUUUUGUUUAAAAAAAUAAAAAUAAAAGUGGUUUAUAGAGGGAUAUCAGAAACCCUGCAAAAUGACAGCUGUCGAGUCGCAAGUGCAAUACAACACCACGUACACGGUGACGACGAAUGAAUACAUGAUUCAGGAGGAGGACUGGGACAGGGACCUGCUGCUGGACCCUGCCUGGGAGAAACAGCAGAGGAAGACAUUCACAGCCUGGUGUAACUCUCACCUGCGGAAGGCUGGCACUCAGAUCGAGAAUAUCGAAGAGGACUUCAGAAAUGGCCUCAAGCUCAUGCUGCUGCUCGAGGUCAUCUCAGGUGAAAGAUUGCCCAAGCCCGAUAAAGGCAAGAUGCGUUUCCACAAAAUCGCCAACGUGAACAAAGCUCUGGAUUACAUCUGCAGCAAGGGAGUCAAACUGGUGUCUAUUGGAGCUGAAGAGAUUGUUGAUGGUAAUGUGAAAAUGACUCUUGGAAUGAUCUGGACCAUCAUCCUUCGUUUUGCUAUCCAGGACAUCUCAGUGGAAGAGACCUCGGCUAAAGAGGGUCUGUUGCUGUGGUGCCAGAGGAAGACUGCCCCCUACAGGAAUGUUAACGUACAGAAUUUCCACAUCAGCUGGAAGGAUGGCCUGGCUCUGUGCGCCCUCAUCCACAGGCACAGACCUGACCUGAUUGACUACUCCAAACUGAGAAAGGACGACCCCAUUGGAAACUUGAACACAGCAUUCGAGGUGGCUGAGAAAUUUCUGGACAUCCCCAAAAUGUUGGACGCAGAAGAUAUUGUGAACACUCCUAAGCCUGAUGAGAAGGCCAUCAUGACCUACGUGUCCUGCUUCUAUCACGCCUUCGCUGGAGCUGAGCAGGCUGAAACUGCCGCUAACAGGAUUUGUAAAGUUCUGGCAGUGAAUCAGGAGAAUGAGAGGCUGAUGGAGGAGUAUGAGAAACUGGCCAGUGAGUUGUUGGAGUGGAUCCGUCGGACGAUCCCAUGGCUGGAGAACCGUGUUGCCGAGCAGACCAUGCGUGCCAUGCAGCAGAAGCUGGAGGACUUCAGAGAUUACCGCCGUGUGCACAAGCCACCACGCGUACAGGAAAAAUGCCAGCUGGAAAUCAACUUCAACACCCUGCAGACCAAACUGAGGCUCAGCAACAGACCUGCCUUCAUGCCCUCUGAAGGAAAGAUGGUUUCGGAUAUUGCCAAUGCAUGGAAAGGUUUGGAGCAGGUUGAGAAAGGCUACGAGGAGUGGCUGCUGACUGAGAUUCGCCGUCUGGAAAGACUGGACCACUUGGCCGAAAAGUUCAAGCAGAAGUGCAAUCUCCAUGAGUCCUGGACUACAGGAAAGGAAGACUUGCUGUCUCAGAAGGACUAUGAAUCUGCAUCUCUGAUGGAGAUCAGGGCUCUUAUGAGGAAGCACGAGGCGUUUGAGAGUGACCUCGCCGCCCACCAGGACAGAGUAGAGCAGAUCGCCGCCAUCGCCCAGGAGCUCAAUGAGCUGGAUUACCACGAUGCUACUAGUGUGAACGCUCGCUGCCAGGCCAUCUGUGACCAGUGGGACAACCUGGGCACUCUGACCCAGAAGAGAAGGGAUGCUCUGGAGCGUGUGGAAAAACUGUGGGAAACUAUCGACCAGCUGUACCUGGAGUUCGCCAAAAGGGCGGCGCCGUUUAACAACUGGAUGGACGGAGCUAUGGAGGAUCUGCAGGACAUGUUUAUCGUACACAGCAUUGAGGAGAUCCAGAGUUUGAUCACAGCUCAUGACCAGUUUAAAGCCACUCUCCCAGAGGCAGAUAAAGAGCGUAUGGCCAUCAUGGGUAUCAUAAGCGAGAUCAUGAAGAUCGCUCAGACCUACGGCAUCAAACUGUCUGGAAUCAACCCAUACACCAACCUCAGUCCUCAGGACAUCACUAACAAGUGGGAUACGGUGAAGCAGCUGGUGCCGCUAAGAGACCAGAUGCUUCAGGAGGAAGUGGCCAGGCAGCAAUCCAACGAGAGGCUGAGGCGACAGUUUGCUGCUCAGGCCAAUAUCAUUGGACCCUGGAUUCAAACCAAGAUGGAGGAGAUCGGCCAUGUGUCUGUGGACAUUGCUGGCUCUCUGGAGGAACAGAUGAACAACUUGAAGAAUUAUGAGCAGAACAUCAUCAACUAUAAAUCCAACAUCGACAGACUGGAGGGAGAUCACCAGCUCAUUCAGGAGGCGCUCAUCUUCGACAACAAGCACACAAACUACAGCAUGGAGCAUAUUCGCGUGGGCUGGGAGCAGCUGCUCACCACCAUUGCUCGCACCAUCAAUGAGGUGGAGAACCAGAUCCUGACCCGCGAUGCCAAGGGCAUCAGCCAGGAACAACUCAACGAGUUCAGAGCCUCCUUCAACCACUUCGACAGGAAGAGAAAUGGCAUGAUGGAUCCCGACGAUUUCCGCGCCUGUCUCAUCUCCAUGGGCUACGAUCUGGGUGAGGUGGAGUUUGCCCGCAUCAUGACUCUGGUGGACCCCAACAAUACAGGCGUGGUCACCUUCCAGGCCUUCAUCGACUUCAUGACUCGCGAGACAGCCGAGACGGACACAGCCGAGCAAGUGAUGGCCUCUUUCAAGAUCCUGGCUUCCGACAAGUCCUACAUCACAGUGGAGGAGUUGCGCAGGGAGCUUCCCCCAGAGCAGGCCGAGUACUGCAUCAGCCGCAUGACCAAGUACGUCGGGCCGGACAUCCCUGCAGGCGCUCUCGACUACAUCUCCUUCUCCAGUGCCCUCUAUGGCGAGAGCGACUUAUAAAAGUCCCUCUUCUCUCCUCUUUACUCUUCCCUGCCAUUUAUCUCCUUAUCACCUCUUGAUUUACCCCUUUCUUUACCCUCAUGUCACUCUCCUUCUUUCUUCCUGUGAAAUCAUAAUCUAAGAAAGUGAUGUAUAAUGACCCUGCCUUCUUAAUCCCUCCCUUUUCUUCUACAUGUCCUGUGUGCAUAUAGAUUUAUUUCUCUCCUUUUUCUUCCGCCUUUAAUCUCUUGCUGUAGUGUUUAAUAAGGAGAAAGAGCACAGUAGAAUCACCAGCUCUAAUGUAACACCUACAGUCUUAAUAUUUUUCUCCACGAUACUCUGUACGUGUUCAUUCACCACUGGAGAUUGUACCAUGUGUAACCUCCUCUUGUCAUCCUCCUCCUUGGACCUGUUCUUCCUUUCUGUAUCUCUCUCUCUCUCUGUCUCUGUCUCUCUGUCUCUCUGUCUUCCCCCUAAACGCAUUCAUGUGUGUGAGCUGUGAUCCUCCUCCCACGCCAGCCCUGAGCCGCAGAGCCCUGAACUGAAGGCAGAACUAAAGGAGGAAUGCUUUGCUUCUCUGGAAUUGCACACUUUAAUAAAUCUGAUUCUGAUUCUUUAAUGUCUGAUCAGUUUCAGAAUCUAAAAAAACAAAUAAGACCAUAGAUACGAUACAAAUGACACUAAACUCACGUGACUUCCACAAAACCCUAAUUAUGGUCCUGUGCCUCGAGUGUCUAAACUUGCCCGGUGCUGUCACUGUGCCUCGUGCUGCUGAACUCGCAUCAGUUCCGUGUAAUCUUCUCCAAGUCACACUCAGCAGAUUUCCAGAGCAAACCCCCUCCCGAGGUUCUAGUCUCUAAGCUGCAUCUUUAUAACUCACUAUGUACCGAAGCAGUCGAAAUGUUCCUGGGCUCUCACAGUCUCGCACGCUGUCGUCAUGUCUGUAGAAAUCAUUCAUCACUUCUAUUUCUAUUUCUCUUCUUUCUUUUUUUUGUAUGUCUUCAUUUGGUCAGUUCACAAAUGUAUUUCUUGUGAAAGUGCAAAAAAGGAAAUCAAUCAUAUAGUUAUUAUUAUCUGAGUAAUUGUGACGUUAUAAGAGUGAGGAAUCGAAGUCUGGGAAUUUUAAGGUGUUAACGGUAGCAAAUGGAUGCAGAGAUCCUGGUGUGAAAAAUGUGUCUGAAUUAACAACGUAUGCAGGUUAGAGAGCUGAAGACGACGCUGUGGUUUCAGACAGACUGAGAUUUGGAAAGCAGUGAAUAAAAAAAACUGUUAUGGCUGAAUGAA